GAUUAUUCUGAUUUACUCUGUCCCAGUUUGUUCCCCGGAGAGACUACUCGUGCACACAUGCCACUAUCGCAAACAAAUACAACAAAAAACAGACACCAGUUCCCAAGGUGGUCAGAUAUGGAAGGAGUGGUCCUCACUCUCAGCUUACUUUGAGCAGCACGGAUGGAGCGCUGCAGUGUGCUGGAUGGAGAACCUGAGGAGUGACAGCGUAGUGCGACACUGACUGGAAACUUCGGCGGCCUGCAUUGCCAUGGAGUUUGGAAAAGUUUGGUCCAGACAUCAGAGGACACUGCUGAUCACCAUGAUGAUGUUCAAACUGGGUCUUCUGUGUACAGCGGCAGCAGACAAGUGUCUCUCAUCACCUUGUAACAAUGGCGCCACAUGCCUUGAACAUCUGGGUGACUACGUGUGCCUUUGCCCCAAAGGACCCGUGUGGUACAUGGGCAAAAACUGCGAUGAGCUGUAUGACGCUUGCAUCUUGGCACCUUGCACCAACUGCACCAGCAGUCCCGGAACUGACAAUUUCACAUGCCACUGUCCGGAUGGCUUCACAGGCCUCAACUGCACACAGGAUGUAGAUGAGUGUGAAAGCAACCCCUGCAAAGGUAUCAAGUCAUACUGUGUCAACAGAAUCGAUGCCUAUUCAUGCCACUGUCCCCAUGGAUUUGGAGGCCAAUACUGUGAAUCGAAUGUCACCACUUGCUCAGAGGAAACAUGCCACAAUAGCGGAACCUGUCGAGACAUUCCUGACGUUGGACAUCAUUGUCAGUGUGAUGCUGGAUACCAAGGGGCCAACUGUGAAGAAAACAUCAACGAAUGCGAGUCUGCACCGUGUCAAAAUGGUGCCAUCUGUAAAGAUGGCGUCAAUGCCUACCAGUGUUUCUGUGUGCCUGGAUUUCAGGGCUUCCACUGUGAUUUGGACAUAAAUGAGUGUGCCUCCCAACCAUGUCAAAAUAACGGUACAUGUUCGGAUGAAGUGGACAAUUACAGUUGUGAUUGUACUGAAGGCUUCAAAGGUAUUAACUGUGAAGUAGAGAUUGAUGAGUGCGAAGUACAGCCUUGCCAGAACGGCGCCACCUGCCGAGACUAUGUUGCCAUGUACACAUGUGAGUGUAUGGACGGCUUCCAGGGCCAAGACUGUGAGAUCAACAUCGAUGAAUGUGCCAGCAUGCCAUGUCUGAAUGAUGGCAGGUGCAUUGAUGGUGUCAACAGAUAUCAGUGUGACUGCGAGGGGACAGGCUUUGAAGGUCACAACUGUGAGGAGGACAUUCCUGAAUGUGCUUCGGGUCCAUGCCAGCAUGGAGGCACCUGCUUGGAGGGGAUCAACCAGUACAAAUGCCUCUGUUGGCCUGGUUACAAGGGUGAGAACUGCCAGGUGGACGAAGAUGAGUGUGCGCAGUACCCCUGUGAAAAUGACGGCGAAUGCUUCCAGCGCUCAGAUGUGGAGAAUUACGGGGCACUCCCUGAACUCACCGCGGCCAAUUUUUCCUAUGAAGAAGCAGCUGGAUUCAUCUGUCACUGUCAACCUGGAUUCACAGGAGGCAACUGCUCUCUCAACGUGGACGAGUGUGUAUCUGCUCCAUGUCAGCAUGGAGGAAGUUGCCAGGAUUUAGUCAACUCGUAUCAAUGUUUGUGCUCCGAUGGCUUCACAGGUGUGCAUUGCGAAGUGGAUAUUGACGAGUGUGACAGCAAUCCCUGCCAGAAUGGUGCCACAUGUGAAGAUGCUGCCAACUCUUAUAUAUGUCAGUGUCCUGAACCAGAACCUGAUAAAGAGCCAUUGGGUGGGCGCAACUGUGAUGUUCUCCUGGUUGGCUGUCAGCAGCACCAAUGUCAACAUGACGGCAUCUGCAUGCCACUGCUGACAGCGUAUGGCGAGCAUAGCUACACGUGCCUCUGUGGGCCGGGCUGGACAGGAGGACUCUGCAAUACCUCUACCACCUUUUCCUUCAACUCCCAGGGCUACGUCCACAUGCAGCUGCCUGUUUCGAAAAACAGAGCUAGACAAGGUACUGAUGACCACAUGUAUGGACUCCAUAUGCAGCUGAGAUUCAGGAGUACUCUACCUGACAUGUUGUUGUACCAUCGCGGUACCAUGGAACACUUCAUCUCCCUGGAGUUAGUGCGGGGUUCUCUCCAGGCCAAGUUAAAGUCUGAGCGAUUGCUGCAGGUCAUUUAUCCAGGUCCAGUGAAUGACGGAGAAUGGUACCAAGUCACUGUGACUAUGGAUGAGCGGUUGAUUAUGGCCGUCGAGGGACCUGGCUGUGAGGAAGGAUGUCAAGUGAAAAAUCAAGUAUACAACCAUCUGAUCUUCUUCCAGUCAAAUUCAUUUCAACAGUUGUAUGUAGGAGGAGCACCAAAGGAAUAUUUGACACUCACGAUAAGUGGGAGAAGUUUCAUUGGCUGCAUGGAAGACCUUCGAGUUGACAAUAAAUUGCUGCUGCCUCAGGACCUCAUGAGGGAGGAGAACGUAGGCUUGGAAUUGGGCUGUGUCAAAGAAGAUGUGUGCCACGACGACCCUUGCAAACAAUUUGGGUUUUGUCUGGACAUGUGGGUUGUGGCCAAAUGUCAGUGUCACCGCCCAUACUUUGGAGAAACGUGUGAAAGAGAGUACCCAUCCUGGACCUUUGGUCAUGAGAACACUACAAGCUACGCUGCCUUCAACAUCACAGAAACCCACGGAGAAAAUUUUACCAUCUCCUUUAUAAUGCGCUCUCUUAAAAAAAAUGGCCUUCUUCUGCAGUUUUGCCGAGGGCAAAGGUCCUAUCUGACAAUUUACCUGAAGGAAGCUACGGUCGCCAUCUACAGCCCUUACACCACACUCUUGUCGGAAGCUAAGUUUGUCACGGAUGGGAAAACUAAUUUGGUGACGUUAAAAGUAAACUAUGGCCAUGUGUUCUUCCCUAUAGCGGGGAACCAUCGCGCCAUAGGGAAUGUGAGCAUAGAAGCAGGGGAUGUUGUGUAUGUCGGAGGACUCCCUGGAGGUGAAAAUUUCAAUAACUGGGGUGGAAAAUUUAAAGGCUGCCUACAAGACAUUCGACUGGAUGACAAGCAUUUGUCCAUCGUGGACCAUGAGGGAGAGGCGGACAUUUAUCAGGCAACUGAUGCGAAGAAUGUUCUCCCAGGAUGUCAAAGUGACAAUACAUGUAAGCAUGAGCCAUGUGUCAACGGUGGAAAGUGUCAGAUCACCUGGAAUGAUUUCAAGUGUGACUGCCCCAUUAACUUCUCUGGACGACUGUGUGAGAGACGUUUGUGGUGUGUCGAAAACCCUUGCUUUGAAGGAGGCCAUUGUGUUGACGUAUGGGAUGGUUAUGAGUGUCUGACUGAAGCCAUUUUCCAGGACAAUGCUCUUGAGUAUUUUGCCAACAACUCCCUGUUGAGUCCAGUAACAAACAUCACGAUGGACAUUAGAACACGGGACGACAAUGGAAUCUUGUUGAGGGCUGAGAACCAAGCUGAGGUAUUCUGUCUGGGUCUCCUUAAUUCCACACUUCUGGUCAAAAUGGACACCGGGACGAGUGCAGAGCUGCUGGCUUUUACCAGUGACAGGACCAUCGCAGAUGGAGCGUGGCAUCGCAUCCAAUUGACCAUGAUUGACCCUGCACAGUCAGUGUCCCGAUGGCGUCUCACUGUCGAUGGGCAGACAGCAGGUUGUAGCCUUGGAGUUAGCGGUAACCUCAAUUUCCUGAAUGAUACCCAAAUUUGGCUGGCGGAGAAAUAUUCCGGAUGUUUGGGGGAAGUGCGAGUCGGUGGAAUCUACCUUCCAAUUUUCAGUGUACCAGAUGCCCCUCAGCCAAGUCAUUUCUCCAGACUGGGUGGACGUGAGCCAAACUUGGGAUGCCAGGGUGCCCCGGUUUGUGACUCUCAGCCGUGUUUCAAUGAGGGUGUGUGCCAGGACCACUUCAAUGAGUUUAACUGCAGCUGCAACCCAGGGUGGGAGGGAGAACUUUGCGAGGCCGAAAUAAAUGAGUGCUCCUCAGGACCCUGUGUCUAUGGGACAUGUGAAGACCUUCUGGCAGACUACCAAUGUGACUGCGAGCCUGGAUAUAUAGGGAGGAACUGUCAGGAAGAGGUGGAUAACUGUUUGGAGUUCAGCUGCUUGAAUGAGGGGACUUGUGUGGAAACAAAGGCAACUCAUACCUGUGUAUGUCCCUCUGGAUACGUGGGCAAACGCUGUCAGCGGCGAUUCCCUCCAGUGGCAUGCGAUGCCAAAACAGAGUGCCUUCAUGGAGGAGUUUGCAUAGGAGGAGACACUGGCGGAAACUGCACCUGCAAGCCAGGGUACACUGGUGCCAGGUGUGAGACAGAAAUAGACGAAUGUGAGUCCAGUCCUUGUCUUAAUGGUGCCACCUGUCUAGACAGACUCAACCACUUCCAGUGUGCAUGUGUGCCAGGCUAUAGUGGCUCCCUGUGUGAAAGCAAUAAAAAGGAGCAAAAGGAGCGGAUCCCUUGGCUGGCGGUGACCAUCCCCCUCACCACAUUAUGUGUAUUACUAGCCAUCUUAGUUAUAUUUUUCCUCAUCAUGACAGCCCGGAAGAAGCGUCAGUCAGAGGGCACCUACAGUCCCAGCUCACAGGAGGUGGCUGGAGCCAGGUUAGAGAUGGGCAGUGUCCUCAAAGUGCCUCCUGAGGAGAGGCUAAUCUGAGGCCUGCAGCCUCAUAUUCGAAGUUGUGUGGAACUAGCAGAGAACAGAUUCUGAAGGGACUUGCUGUUCUCCACCCCCCAAAAAAAGCACAAAAAAACCCAAACAAAAAAAAAUCUGGGUAAUGCCCAAUGGAUCUUCUAGACUGAUGGCUCCACCUUGGGAAAACUACUGAUAUUGAAGCUUUGGGAUAAGAUAAAAUCCAAUCAGAAGAGAGGACAUGACAAAGAUGUGUUUGCAAAUAUGUGAAAAGUUGCAAAGACAAUCUCAUUUUAGAACGCAAUUCAUUCAUCAGCUGAUUAAACCACUUUCUUCAUGGGUCAUUUUCAUCUAAUUUGAGACACUUUUUUUUUCAUCUAAUUUUUAAAUUUAUGUUAAAUGUCUCCUAUUAUGAAACAGCCACUAUUGAAGUCCUAUUUUGAAAACUGUAUUGAUGAUUUCAAAUUUCAGGCAUUCAUAAUAAAGGCAAUCCUAACUGACAGAUCAAAUCUUGGCGACGCACUGAAAUUCGCUUCUUCAGAAAGACAUAAAAUGCUUCAUGAAAAUGCCUUCAAUGUGAUUGAUCAAAUGAUAUGAAAAUGGCCCACAUACUGUCGAUACAAAGUGGUGGCAUCAGCAAGAAAGAAAAUGACCUGCUGUCAAAGAAAGACUGGAUGAAUUGCUUCCAGAUAUUGUACAUUUUUCCAUCUGGUUCAAACUUGUCCUGAACAAUCCGAUCACAAGUGGAUAGCUGUCUUAUGUUAUUUAUUACGCAAUAUCAGUGUUAUUAUACUAUAUUUUUCCACAAUAUUUUUAAAAAUCUAUAUAAUACAUUACAGUGAGUAUGCUACUUCAUUUUGGAUUGUAAACCGUGACCAUUGACUUUCAAACUAAUAGACUUUGAUUAGAGAUUGUAGACUCUUUCUUGUCACGCCAGUUUAAAUUAUUAACUCUGGUCUAGUUUAUAAUUUAAAUAAAAUUAAUGACUUCCACUGUGAUUAUUUGUAGAUGAAGAGUAUUGAGAUUUUUGUACUCCAGAAGUAUCAAAUAAAGGCAAUUUAGUAUAGAAUUAACCACUAAGUAUAAAUACUGUACAUCGUAAAUGAUAGCAAGCAUCUUCAAAAUUAUUUUAAUGCUACACUGCUUUGAACAAUAACUAAUAUAUCUGGCAUGAGUAUGCAACCUCCAAUAUGUUUGGCCUAAAUGUAUACAUAUUACCACAUUAUGAAAGAAAAAAAACAAGUUACCGGUGAAAGAUCAGUAUUAUUGAAUAAGGAUUUAAUUACUAAGGUUAUUUUGUUUUUUCUCGUAAGCACUGAAUUUACCCAUUAUAGCUUCUAUGAGGCACAGAUUCGCGACUCUGUAAAUAUGUAUUGAGAAAUUUUCAUAUGAUUUUGCCGGAUUAUGGGCCCUAUUUUCGUGCCCAGGGCAAAUGUAUUUUUGUGCCCAGGGCAAAGCGCUGGCUAUUUGUGCGCAUGGGUGGACUUUUCUUUAUUUUGGUAUUUUCUUAGACGGGUGCAGAGAGAAGCGGGUAUCUAUGCUGUAGUGGGAGGAAACAUAGCUGACUUGUUUGCCAUCCAGUGGGAGCAGCUCCCUUCAUUCCCUUGAAAUUCAGUGCUGGGAGAGACAUGCGGUGCAUGUUGCAUGUAGAUAGGCACACACAAAGUACAUUUAGAAAGAACUACCAGAACAUUUCCACUGGCGGAUGAUGUAAAAUUGGCACUCAGAGACUGCCGACUACCCUUUGAUCGUGCAUCCGUGAAAAAUGCCCCCCCUAACCGUAGUUAUGCCGCCGUCAGCGGGGUGCUUUCAAAAAUAAUUUCAAGAGGGUAACAAAGAUAAAUUCAUUCAAUUAAUUGAUUUCUGCACUGAUUCAGAGGGAUGGUCCCACGCUGAUGGCAUAUUUAUGAAUCAUAUCUACCACACAUGUCCGCAGAGCUCUGAAUCUGUCUGCCUGCACCUCAAUGAAAUCCAUCAAAAUCAUGUUUCACCACCUGCACCACAACUUAGACCUGCUUUUAGCUGGUCUAAAUUGUAAUCUACUUUCUGUCACUAAAUCGUCAGUUGC